AUGAGCGGUGCUCAAUUCAGGAGAAUCAAUAUAGAAAACAUGGAGGUUGAUCGCCGCGGAACGAGUUCACGACGUGGCAAACGACUUGCCGCUCAGUCGAAAACGCAUCCCACUAUACAGGCCAAACAAAACCAGAUGUAUUUAAUUACGACACUUGCUCCGACGCCAAGCGAGCAAGCGUUAAUCAACAAAGUGUUACCGAAGGAGCUUAUAUUACGAAUUUUCUCUUAUCUCGAUAUGAAAACGUUAUGUCGAUGCGCACAAGCAUGCCGUUUAUGGAAUGUGCUGGCGCUCGACGGCUCCAAUUGGCAGCGGGUCGACUUGUUCACGUUCCAGAAAGAUGUUAAGGCAGCAACAGUUGAAAAUCUUGCUCGACGUUGUGGCGGAUUUCUCAAGAAGCUUUCAUUAAAGGGAUGUGAGAAUAUACAGGAUUCAGCAUUAAGGUCUUUCACAGCCAAAUGUGCCAAUAUCGAACAUCUCAGCUUAUACAAAUGUAAACGAGUGACAGAUGCUACGUGCGAGAAUCUUGGCAGACAUUGCCAUAAACUGGUUCAUUUGAACCUAGAGAACUGCACUGCAAUCACGGAUCGAGCGCUCAGGUAUAUUAGUGAUGGCUGCCCCAACCUGCAGUAUUUGAAUAUUAGUUGGUGUGACAAUAUACAAGACAAAGGCAUAAAUAUGGUUUUAAACGGAUGUAAAAAUCUUACCACACUGAUCAUGAAAGGCUGUGAAGGGCUCACUGAACAAGUGUUUGCAAAUUCAAUCGAUAAUAUGAAGAAUUUGGAGGUUAUCAACUUACUGUCAUGUUUUGCAAAUGACGAGACCGUGGCGCAUAUUGCACGAGGUUGUCCCCACUUGCGAUAUCUAUGUCUAUCAAAUUGCACGCAGGUCACAGAUCGAUCCUUGAUCUCCUUGUCACAAGGCUGCAAAAUGUUAACGGAUGUCGAACUAUCUGGCUGCAGCUUACUGUCGGAUUCCGGCUUCACACAACUUGCUAGGAAUUGCAGAAAUCUUGCACGUAUGGAUUUGGAGGAUUGUAGUCUGAUUACGGACGCGACUAUUCAUUCGCUUAGCACAAAUUGUAACAACUUAUCCGAAUUGAGUCUCUCCCAUUGUGAGCUCAUAACGGACGAGUCAAUUCAUUGUCUCUGCACCAAUAAUAAAGACAAGUUACAGGUCCUGGAGCUUGAUAAUUGUCCUCAAAUUACCGAUUCUGCCCUGUCACAUAUGCGACAUGCAAAGGCGCUCAAGAGGAUCGAUUUGUACGAUUGUCAGAACGUGUCGAAAGAGGCGAUACAGAGAUUUAAGCACCAUCGGCCACACGUUGAAAUCCACGCCUAUUUCGCUCCGGCCACACCUCCAGCGAAUCCGUCAACUGCCAGAGCAGGUUUGUGUCGAUGUUGUGCUAUCUUAUGA